AUAGAAGUCCUGUCUCUCCAAGUGUAGUGUAGGUCACGUUCCAUCGUUGUCAAUCGCCGAAGUGUGCAGUGGCCGAUACAAUAUCUUUUUUAUACUCUUACGUCUGAUCGAACGCGCAGCAAUGCACCGUACAAAUUAAUACAGGGUUUUUCAUUAUCAUUGACACAGAAGACCAUUGCCCAAUCUAGAGAGCGCUCUCGAGUCGGCCCAUUUAUGAAUGUCAAUGAUCGAUACAGUAUUAUGUUCACUAUAUAAAUGCUACACUUGACCUUUGUCGUCAUUAUUAUAACUGACUUUAUUGCUGAAAGUAUGGCGCGAAAGAUCGCCACUCUAUUGUUACUUUUUGCUUACGGCUCCUGCAUGGAGAUGCGGGAGACUGUGGAGCGAAUGGUCAUGGUCCGAACCACGGGCUCUGACCUUCAGCCCGCAGCCACCGGUUACAUUUACAAGAAAGAAAGUGACGGUCCCGCGAGCGUGGUCAAAAUGGGUGAGAGUGAAGUGAUUGAACAUUUUUCCAAAUUGUAUACCAAACCUGAGGCAUACAAAGCGCCAAUUCCUGCCGCUGCUGGCCCAUUUUAUGCAAAAGAGGAAGAUGAAAGCAAAGCUGCAUCAGAUACCACAGAAGACAUCAAACCUGUUGAAGAGAAUGUAGACGAACACGACGAUGACAUUGAUGGGAUAGCGGCCGAGAACUACGACAAGAUCUUCGAGGAUUACGCGAAAAAAUAUGGAUCGGGAUACAAAAACGACUUUUCGGAUUAUUUACACGGAUUAGGUCAUUUUGACCACGGCAUUUACCAUGGGUACGGAGGUGGAAAGGAUUAUGGUUUGAAAGGAUACCAUGGUUAUGGGGAAAAAGGGCAUGAAGGGUUUGGGAAAGAACAUCAUUUUGAAAAAGGGGAUGCAGGGAAUUACCACUCAGAGGAGCACGAUGGGUUUGCAGUAUCUAAAGAGGGAGGAAUCAAGAAGCACCAUGACGAAGCCGACGCUCACGGGAAGCAUUACGCUCACGGGCAUGGAUACAAAGGAGGAGACCAUGGCCACAAAGCUGGUCACAGCAAAGGAGAAGCGGUCGAUGGAUAUCACAAGGUCUUCGACAAGGACGAAUUCAAGAAAGACCAUGACUUUUAUGAUGCAGAAGGUCUCAAAGGCGAGCACCACAAGUAUGCAGACGGACACGCCGGACACGGAUCAGAGGCCGGAGGAUACAAGAAGGGAGGAUCUCAUGUUUCAGGGCAUGACGAGAAGGGUUACGGAAAGGGAGGAUAUGUUGACAAGGAGUCCGGAGACGACCAUGGCGCAGAGCACUCCUCAGAGGGAGCUGGAGAGUCCCACAAGCAUCACGGAGCACAUUUCGGCGCAAAGGGUGCACAGCACGGAGGCAAGAGCUACGGCUUCGAAGUCAAGCACUGAGACAACGUUGGUGAUAUUUGUUAUAGUUUUGUUGAUUGUUUCCUAAUAUUAUAUCCUUUUGUAAAUAUGUGUAUUGUUAGAUAAAAAAUAAGCCAUAACUUUA